AUGGCAUCACGUCCCCCACAGCCAACUGACGCCGAUCGCGCCAUGACCUAUGUCAAGAAAUCGCGUCCACGCCACGUCACGCAUCAUGAGAUGCUCGACAUGAUCUUGGUUAACGCCAUGCUACGCCAAAACGAUACGCCAAAGGCAAGUCGAACCGCCGCCCGCCUGCUGCGUUGCAAGCCACAGUUAGUCCAAGAGGUAUGGAAGAUCUUUUUGGAAACCGGUGGCACGGUGACCAAACCUGACCCGAGAUGCAGCCAGCAUCAAGGCUGCAUCAACAAGGCCGACCGUCAACUCUACAAGCUUGCGGAGUACAUCAAGGAGCAGCAAGAGGACGAUGCAGUGAAAGCGAAAGUGACAGGGCCAGUGACAGCGACAGCGACAGCGACGAAAGUGGACGUUUACUGCUGCAUUCACCCCGUGUGA